UUGGUCAUAUUUUUAAUGGUAUCACCAUCUUCUUGAUUUUUGUGUAUGGCACAUAUAUCCUGUACUGUCCUGCCACCAUCUUUUCCUUUUUGGCCACGCCAUGGUUCAAGCCGCAAACAAAAACAACUUACCUUUAAAUAAUUAAAAAAAUAUCCUUGCCGUUCAACAGUUCAGUAAAAUCUCGCAAAACGAUAAAUCAAUAAGAUUUUAUAAAUAUUGUUGUAUUCGUAGAGGGAAGAUGUUGCAUUAAACGAUUAUUAUUUGAAUUAGAAAAACACGCGGUCUAAUAAAAAUGUCUGCUCGUCGAACUGUUAUAGAAGAUAACUCAGCCCCAGCCAGAAGGAAAAGGCGUGUGGAGACAAUUACCCACCCAGAAGAUGAAGGGCCUACAUCGCAAGAAGUUGCUGCUGAAGUUUUAGUGCAGCAGCCUAUUGUAGACAACUUUAUGUCUUCCGUAUCUUCUUCUAAAGAUGAAGAAGAAUUGGGGAUUACAAUUCAAGUCGCUGAGGAUGUUAUGGCCCAGCAGUCUCUUUCCGAUUAUUACAUAUCUCCUCUAUCUACUGAAGAUGAAGAAGAUUUGGCAAGUUCAUCCAUAAAACCUGAUGGGGUGAUCGAACUGCCUAUUUACGAAGAACGUGAGAUUCACCCAGAACAUGCUGAAGUCUCCUUGGAACCAAUUAUUGUAUUGCCUUCAAACAAUUCCAGUUCUGAGGACAGUGAAGGCGUGUUGGUUGUGGAAACAUGUUCUGAUGACAGUACACAUUACUCACACAGGUUUGAUCAACAAGAGUCAAACAAGGUCAAGCAAGUCACAUACGCCAUGUGUGACUCCAUCUACUAUGACCCCACUUCAAAUGUAGUAAUGAUGAAUGAAGAAGUGGCAGAGGAGGUAACUCUAACACAAUAUAAUGCAGUGACACAAUUUGAAGAAUCAGCACCACCAGAUUCAACUCAAGUAGAGUGUGAUGAUGAAGAAAAAGUGGUCCACGAUGAAGAUUCUCAGCUCAAAACGGAGGAAAACGACGAGGCAUCAGGUACAGCCAAACUUUCGACCACAGAUGAUACAAAUGAGUGUCCUACAGAAAGCACUUCGGCUACCAAUGAUCGUUUUAGAAAUUUUGAAUCUAACCUCAGAGUGACAGCACAACAGAGGUCAAAUCGUGCAGCCAAAGCGAAAGCACGUAAACAAAAACGAAAAUCAAACAAUUAUGCCACCAUUGCUGAAAUAAUAGUGAUGCAUCAACAAAGAACGAGGCGGGGACAAGAAACAUCAGUUACGACUCCGCAGUUGUCCACAAUGGCAAGUGCUUCUGUUAUCGCGACGAAUCCUUACGGAGAACCAAAUACAACGUCUCGUCAGUUAUCCACAGCAACCGUUACUUCUACCAUAACAUUAAAUCCUUACAGAGAACCAAAUACAACGUCUCUUCGGUUUCCCACAAUGGCUACAACAUCCACUAUUACUACGAAUCCUUACAGAGAACCAAAUACAACGUCUCCCCAAUUUCCCACACUUACAAUAACAAGAAAUCCUUACGGAGAACCAAAUACAACGUCUCCCCAGUUUCCCACAAUGGCUACAGCUUCUGCUAUUAACAAUAGGCCGAUGAUAGCAGAAGCUGAACCUUCAAUUGAUGUAUCAUCACCUUUGGAUAUAUUGAGCGACGUUUGCUGCAUGUUGCUUCACAAAGACGAUUCCUGCCCAGCCGAUGCCGAAGACAGUGAUGAUUCAGAAGACAAUAAUGAGAGUGCCAGGAGACGUGUGAAGCCAGCUAAGAGGCAACGGCUUAUGUCCGUCUUCAGUACACAUCAGUAAUAUGUUCCUUUUUUUUUUUUUAAAAAAAAAAAGAAUAUUUGUCAUAUUUUUUUUAAUAUGACCAAUAUCCCCAUUCCGCUCCAAUAGACCAUGGGAUGAGGAUUGAACCAUCACCCCUCGGUGAUGAGUCCAACCGCUCUUACCAUUGAGCUAUUGAGGCUUUACAUACAUACAAUGUAGCGUCCUUCUGGCAGAUGUAAAAAUGGAAAAAUGAACUAUAAUAUAUAUAUAUAUAUAUAUAUAUAUAUAUAUAUAUUUUUAACAGGCAUAUUGUACAAUAUGUUUGUUGAAACUUUAGAGGUAUAUAUAUCCUAAUGUGUACAUAGUCUUUUAUUACAAGUUAUAUGUUGGAAUAAACGGCUUAAAAAUGCAAAUAUUUCGAGAAAGCUAAAUUUUUGAAUGAUGUGGGGUGAGCCUAUAAUAGUACAUUAUGAUAGAAGUGCGGUAAGUUGAAAAUUACAGACGAGGCGGUAAGUAAGCAGAGCCUGUAAUUAUCAAAGCGCACGUAUGUCAUACGACGAUUUAUAACACAUUUGCGAGGAAACACACUUUCUGAAAAUGAAUUUGCAUCUUUGCCUGAUGUCCUUAUGAUUACAUUUUGAUACGCUUGUCAUUUUUGCAAAGAUAACUAAGAGCACACAGCAGCGUUUGUUUUUAUUUUUAGACAAAUGUACCAAAAACAGCCAGUAUUACUAAGUAAAAUAAUAUUUUUGUGUUUCUGAUACAGAUAAAUAGUUGACUUUUUAACCGACUUCCAAAAAGGAGGAGGUUCUACGUUCGACUGUAUGUAUGUUUUUUUUUUUUUUUUUUAUUUUUUUUUUUUUAUGUAUGUCCAGCGAUAAUUCCGUCAUUUAUCGACCGAUUUUGAAAAUUCUUUUUUUGUUUUGAAGGGUUUGAUUCCAGGGUGGUCCCAUUUUUUUCAUGUCAGGAUCUGAUGAUGGAAUCCUGGAGAAAUCGAGGGCAACUUUCGAAAAUCGUAAAGACGGCUAGUACGUUUGUUAGUGUUUCCAUAAGGUAAUUUAAACCACUACAAUUUUAUGAAGGUCUAGAGUUGGCCUGAUGAUGGAGCCGAAACACAGACGAUGGAACUCGUCAAUGAUUUACAGCAGAUACCUUAUGUUUGGGCUUAAUUAAUUUGUAUUGAUGAGAACUUUCCACCUAGAUGAGUUGUGACUGUAUUAAGGGUCUGGUGAUGGAGACGAACGACAGUUAAGGGAACUCCUCGACGGUACACAGUAGAUACCUUGUGUUUGGACUUGAUAAAUUUGUAUUGAUGAGAACUUAGCACCUAGAUGGGUUGUGACUGCAUAGGGGGUCUGGUAAUGAAGACAGUUAAGAACACUUCUCAUUAGUUAUGAUACCUUUCACGUUUUUCUGGAUAUUCAUAUUACGUGUGGAUAAAGGGGGAGUGAAAUUUUUUAUAUGAGUUAAGGUAGUAUUUUUAUUUAAAAUUGGUAUUGUAUCAUAAGAAAAUAACGUUUUAGCUAAUUGCUUAUUAAUUUUUAUUCACACUCAAUAGGUAUGCUAACACUAAAAAUGAAAAAAUGAAAAUUUUAAUAAAAAAAAUUCAACCGACUUCCAACUCUAAAAUUAACCUAAACUAAAAAGCAAAAAAUAACAUCUUACCUAUGUACUACCUUCUGAUCAGUUUGAAGGCGGUGCCAAUCCAGUGUCAUGUUUUAAUUAAAGCCGUUUUUGAAAGAACCACAGAAAUCUUGUAAUUUAAACGACUUUAAUUAAAACAUGGCACUGGAUUGGCACCGCCUUCGAACUGUACAGAAGGUAGCACAUAGGUAAGAUGUUAUUUUUUGCUUUUUAGUUUAGGUUAAUUUUAGAGUUGGAAGUCGGUUGAAUUUUUUUUAUUAAAAUUUUUAUUUUAUUGUCAAAAUUAUUAAAAUUAAAGAGUUAAAUGGCUUUUUAUUUUAUUUUAUCUCACAAAGUUAAUUUUAUUCAUAAAAUGUUGAACACUUUUCUGACAUAAAAAAACUCUUUGCUAAGAUUUAAAAAAGUACCGUUCGUUUUUAGACGGAUGACAAAGGUAAAGGUCUUAUAUUACAUUACGGCACAUGUGCAUUUUACUUUACAUUACGGCACAUGUACGUAAUGAGAUACAUUACGAUAUUGAAAAGCAAAUGUGUUAUAAAAGCUUAAAAGUCGAAUUAUCGAAGUUUAUCCGUCAUAUUUAAAAUAUACACCUUUCUCGAUAAAUUUCUAAAUUUAUGUCGUUCAUUAAAAAUAAUUGAGUCAGGUAAUUCCCAGUAAUAUUAAUAAAAUGAACAUCAACAACAAACCAACAACUGAGAUACUCUCAAGACGACUCAAGGUAAAAGAAAUUUCAUUUUCGAUUUCUGCAAAAUGGGUAUCAAUUGAACAUUAACCACUUAUUUUUAAAAUAAAAUAAAAUAACGUUAUAUUAUUAUAAUUAAUUAAUAUCUAUACAAAUACACGAGACAUUCGACUCAGUUUUCAGUUUUGUAAAGUGAAGUUAUAAGUUAUACCAAAAAUAGAGUUAAUAAAUAUUGAUACUAGAUUAUAAAAACCAAAAACCGGAUGAGUGCGAGUCGGAUUUGCCCACCGGUGAUUGGACGUACUUUAUAAAGACGAUAUAUUUUAUGAUGUAAACUGUGUCUAUAUUAUCAAUUUCUUAAAGAAUGUAAUAUAGAAUUUUUGUUCAAAAAUAUAUUAAAUUAAAAAUACGAAACUAUAAAUAAUACUAAAAAUUGUGAAAUAAAAAAAAUAAAAAAAAAACCGACUGUAUGAAAUGUAAAAUCUAAAAAUAAAUAAAGCAAGUUCUUUAUAAAAUAAUAUAAUUUGGACUAAACUCAUUGCAUCCAAUAUCGGUUCAGCUUUUUACACUUCCGUUUGGAACUUGUUUAAUUUAUUUUCAAUAAAUAGUUCUAAACAGAAGGGACUUUUAUAUUUUAUGCAGUCGGGUUCUUUUAUUUUUUUUUCUAUUGGUAAUUUUAAGAUUUUAGUGUUAAAAAUAUACCUAUGUAAUUGAUCUCAGUGUAAAGUUGGUUGAGGUGAGUUAGGGUCCCGCCGCAUGCCACGCCACUAAGCCCGGAUACAGCGUUAUACUACAAUCCUACUCGUGUACUGUUUACCAACAAGCUUUCAUCUACGCCUACCCUACCCUAUCCUACCCUACCAUACCCUAUCCUACCCUACCCUACCCUACCCCUACCCUUUUUUUUUUUCGUAGCUGCCGGUCAGUACGAACCGCAGAGCAUUUCUUCGUACUGACUUUCUAUUUUUCAUUUCUCUUUCUACCCCUACCCUACCCCUACCCUACCCUAUCCUACCCUUAACAUACCUCUACCCCAUACACAUAAAAAAAAAUAGUAAAAUCGGUCCAGCCUUUCACGCGCGAUGGCGUGACCAAGGGAUAUAUGGAUUCAUUUUUAUAUAUAAUGAAUGUAUUGUUUUAGUGUAUAAAAUGUUAUUCAAAAUAUGUGGACUAGGUAUAUGUUAUUGUUCUAAUUAUUAUAAAUUAUAAUUAUUAUUAGUUGUGAAAUGACUAGAGAUUUAUACCCUCGUUUUUAAUUUGUUGGUAAACAGUAUACAACAAGUGAGGCUGUAGAAUAAUCCCGCUGGUUCGUGCGAUAGAUCUAUACUUUAGUCCAACUAGCUAUCUUGGAUCAAAAGUUUUUUUUUUUUUUGUGAUAACUACGAGUACCACAUUUCUAGCAGUUUUUAUAGUUUAUGUUAUUUUGCAUGUCUGAAUGGGACUGUGAUACUUUUUUUUCUUGCAAAGUUUAAUAGGUUAAGUUUUUGUAUACUUAUACAGUAUAUAACUUAUAUACAAAUGAUGUGUACAAAUAAUGUAUACAUACAUACCAGUAUGUAUUAUAUACAUAGUAGUCUUUAAGUGCAUUUUGUUAUUUUCAACGCUACGAUGCAAUUUUUUGACGUUUCGGAACAUCGUUGCUAUAAAGCUGUGCAGUGCACAAUUUUGGGUAUCAUUGGCAACGUAGCGACGCAGCGUGCAGGGCAUCACCCCGCAGUCGCCUCGCGAGUCUUGAUUUUAACGUACUCUUUAAGUACUACCUGCACGUACUCUUAGUACUACCUCGUGCAGCUAAUUUCCGUGACGUCAUAACAUUUGCAUCGGCCAUUACGCAAUUUUAGUUUUUUAUUUUGAAAAAAAAAUAUUUUGCUUGGCUUUUUUUUCGUUUCAUUAUAGUCUAAGAUUAACUUGAAUAUAAAACUUACUCUAUCUA